CCCAUGCUUCUAAUUUUGAAGGAUCUGUUCUUCCUUUAAGGCGAUUCAAUAUUCUACUUGCUUAUUUCUAUAACUUUAAGCGGAAACAGAAGACUUACCUCCCUUGAAUCUAUGGUCAUCCAAGUGGAGUUAUGUCCCAUGAGGCACAGAAUGAAAUAGCUGUACAUAUUGUAUGAAGCUUAGUUAAAAAGAAGCUACGUUUUGAAACGUGAAAUUCAUCAGAAUAUAUUUCAACAAUGCAGAAAUUUUAUCCAUCAAGUCAAAGAUGUCCGUGCGUCCAUGUGUUCUGCUUCUGGUCAUUUUGCCUUUGAUGUCCACUAAACUUAUCAACGACGAAAACCUACGGAGAUUCAUCGUCCGUUUCCAUAACAAGAUCCGGGGUCAAGAGAGGGCAGCUGACAUGAUGAAACUGAGUUGGAGUGUUCAGUUAGCAAAAGAAGCUGACCAAUGGGCCCAUAAAUGUGUGUUUGAACAUGCAAUGACAGCCCGUGGUCAGAAUCUUGGUCUUAUCAGUGAUCCAGGUUCGGUGAAGUACAACAUUGGGCGCAUGAUGCAACUCUGGGUUGAGGAAAAGAAGGAAUAUAAUCCGAGGAAGAAAGGUUGCAACAGCAGCUGUCAUUAUACUCAGCUGGUCUGGGCCAAAACAACCCAUGUAGGAUGCUCCAUCCAUUUGUGUGACAAUUUUGGGACUUCUAAACGUUUUACAAGAAAUUACAUGUUCUUCGUCUGCUUCUACUCUCCUCGGGGGAACAUCGGAGAUCAUUUGUUCACGCCUGGUAAACACUGUUCCAAGUGUCCAGAAAAGUCUCAUCGGUGCAAUCAUGGGUUAUGCCAAGGUCACUGCUACGACCAUUUUAAGAAGUGCCGUAGAUUGGCAGCGAAGGGAAAGUGUCUCACCGAUGUAGCCUUCAUGGAGUUUUCUUGCACUAAAUCUUGCCGCCUCUGUUGAAACACCAGUCACAGUCAACAGCAAGGAUUUUCACCCUUCUGCAGUCACAUGUUUCUCAAUAACACACAGACAGACAUCUGCUGUGGGGCACUA